AUGACUAUUCAGGUGUUUGGACCAGAACCAGAGUUGGUUACAAAGCUUGGCUUGCCUCAACCAUUCAAGAAAGUAUUGAUUGUGUCCUUGGGAUCUAUUGUCACAGGUCCUGCACCUCCUGUUCCCCCGUCAGAUUCUUCGGCUACUCCCAGUGCAAGUCCAUCAAGUGCUCCUAGUGCAUCUGCUUUCAGCAAUCCCAGCCAAGCUCCUGCUUCAUUUCUGACCACUGACGAGCUAAUGUUGAUGCCUAGUCCGCUUCUAUCGGCUCUACCUACGCCAGCACCAUCUACUGGUCCAACAUUGGUUCCAACACUUGUUCCGGUACCGGAUGCAACACCAUUGCCGACAUCGCAACCUUCACAAGGUCCAACAAAACUGCCCACAGCACUCCCGACACCACUGCUCACAGCACUCCCGACAGAUCCGCCAACAUUGCGUCCUACUGAAGCGCCGUCUAGUGCACCUUCUCUUGUAGCUAGCAACAGUCCAUCAACUGCGCCUACUUCCAGUCCAACAAUGGAAUUUGACGGACACGGAGUUCCUCUCACUGGUGAUUGGGAUAACCAAAGGGUCGUUGGAGACAAUACUGGAAGAUAUUUUCUUUUCCGUCCAGAGCAUUGGGAGGCUGUCUUUGGGUCCUUGCCUCCCGCUUUAUCAUAUAUGACGUAUAGUGUGGAACAACGACAAGACGAUCAAGUCGUGUGGCAAGGAACAUUGAGAAUGUGGAUUUGGGAUUCGACAGAGCCCGAUAUUGGUCUUCCUGAUGGGUUUGAACAUGGGAGACGCCACUCCAAUGGUACCACCUAUCUAUGGGCAUGGUAA